AAAUCUGCUGGAGAAGCUGACAUCAAGGAAAAGGGAAGUUCAUCCCAAAAAUCCCUUCCUAAGGAGCAGUUGGCUGACAAACAACAUGAAAGCCAGAAAAGCAAACCUUUCAUUAAGACGUCCAGCCUGUUCAGAAACAACCCUGAUAUCCCGGAAAUUCACAGGAAAGCAGUGCAGCCGGUGCAGGAAAACGUUUUCACAACAGAUUCUUUUAGCCAGUUGGACCUCCAUCCGCAUCUGAUAUCCACAAUAAACACUGUCCUAAAGAUAAGUAGCAUGACCAGUGUUCAGAAGCAAACAAUUCCUGUGCUCCUGCAAGGCAGAGAUGCUCUAGUGAGAUCUCAGACUGGUUCAGGUAAAACUCUUGCCUAUGGAAUUCCACUUGUACAGUCUUUGCAAGGAAUGGAGUCCAAAAUACAGCGCAGCGAUGGGCCUUAUGCACUCGUACUGGUCCCAACAAGAGAGCUUGCCCUCCAGAGUUUUGAUACCAUGCAGAAACUACUGAAGCCAUUUGCCUGGAUUGUGCCUGGAGUGCUAAUGGGGGGAGAAAAGAGAAAAUCAGAAAAAGCCAGAUUACGUAAAGGGAUAAAUAUCCUCAUUUCAACUCCUGGUCGCCUGGUUGAUCACAUCAAGUCCACAGCAUGCAUUCAUUUCCGUCGCACUCAGUGGCUGAUUAUUGAUGAAGCAGACAGGAUCCUGGACCUGGGCUUUGAGAAGGAUGUAGCUGUGAUACUCAAUGCUUUAAAUGCCGACAAGGAGAUGCGUCAGAAUGUGCUGCUCUCAGCCACCCUCACGGAAGGGGUAACACGGCUGGCCGAUAUCAGUUUGAAUGAUCCCGUCAGCAUUUCCAUAGCAGAUGAAACCCAGAAGGCGCUCAAACCAGCGUCACAAAUGGAAAGACAAGCUCGUAGUUCAUCAGACUGCCUGGAGCAGGAGAACUUUGCUGUUCCGAUGAAACUCAAGCAGUAUGUCAUGAUGGUGCCCAGCAAAUUGAGGCUUGUCACGUUAGCAGCUUUUAUCCUUGAGAAAUGCAAGUUUGAAAAGCACCACAAGAUGAUCAUCUUUUUCUCCAGCUGUGAACAAGUGGAAUUCUACUAUGAACUCCUUCUGAAGGUCCUGUCAGGAGGGCUGGAGUCAGAACAACCUGAACAUUCAUCUGUCUCCUCUGCGCGCUUACAGUUUCUACGACUGCAUGGUAACAUGGAACAGGAAGAAAGAACAGAGGUCUUCCAGGAGUUCCUAAAAUCCAAGACCGGUGUCUUGCUUUGCACUGAUGUUGCAGCACGUGGACUAGACCUGCCUCAAGUUACGUGGAUCGUACAGUAUAACGCUCCGGCUUCACCUGCGGAAUACAUCCACCGGAUCGGGAGGACGGCUCGCAUUGGCUGUCACGGGAACAGCCUGCUUGUCCUGGCGCCUUCGGAGGCAGAAUAUGUCAGCUUGCUGGCUUCUCACAAGAUUAAUGUUUCAGAGAUGAAAAUGGAGAAGGUGUUAUCGAGCCUGAUAAAAGAUGAUCGCUUCAAGUUGCACAGACCGGGAAGAAAGAAAUCUGGUGGCACGGACCCUCAGGAAGUCCGGGAGCGGGCCACGGUUUUGCAGACCAAAUUUGAAAAUUACGUUCACUCCGGCGAGGGGACGGUCCGAUGGGCAAAGAAAGCACUGCAGUCUUUCCUGUGUGCCUAUACCACCUAUCCCAGGAACCUCAAGCACAUCUUCCACAUCAAAUCUCUCCACCUGGGUCACGUGGCUAAGAGCUUUGGCCUGAGAGAUGCCCCCCAGAACCUGACUGCUUUUCCAACUGCAAGCUCAAAGAAGAAAACCAAACCCAGACCAAAAAG